GUCAUCCUUUUCAUUGUCAAAAGCAUACACAGUUUCUUUCCAGAACAAUGAGCGUUGUUGGUUUUGAUUUGGGCAACGAGAACUGCUUCAUUGCCGUCGCUCGCCAGGGUGGCAUUGAGGUUGUCGCCAACGAGUACACUUACCGCCAGACCCCGGCUGUCGUCUCGCUCGGCGCCAAGAAGCGCUUCAUUGGCGAGGCCGGCAAGACCGCCAUCCCCACCAACCCCAAGAACACGGUGUACAACUUCAAGCACCUUCUUGGCCGCAAGUACAACGACCCCUUCACCCAGGCUGAGCUCAAGCGCGCCUUCUACCGCCACACUGAGACUGCUGACGGCUUUGUUGGCUUCAAGCUCGACUUCCAGGGCGAAACCAAGACCUUCACCGUUCAACAGAUCAUGGGCAUGCUCCUCACCCAACUCCGAGGCACUGCCGAAAUGAACCUCAAGAUGAAGGUCACGGACUGCGUGCUGUCGGUGCCCAGCUUCUUCACCGACGCCCAGCGCCGCGCCCUGCUGGACGCUGCGCAGAUUGCCGGCCUGAACGUUCUGCGCCUGCUCAACGAGAGCACCGCCACCGCGCUCGCCUACGGCUUCUACAAGACCGACCUGCCUGCGGACACUGAGAAGCCCCGCCACGUCGUCUUUGUCGACCUCGGCGAGUCCUCCCUCCAGGUCUCUGCUGUCGGCUUCACCAAGAGCAACCUGAACGUUAUUGCCUCCGCCUCCGACCCGAGCCUCGGUGGCCGCACCUUUGACCUGCGCCUCCUCGACCACUUUGCCGCCGAGUUCAAGACCAAGUACAAGAUUGACGUCUUCUCGUCGCCCAAGGCCACCAUCCGCCUGCGCGCCGAGUGCGAGAAGCUCAAGAAGGUCAUGAGCGCCAUCACCAACGAGGUGCCCCUCUCGAUCGAGUGCUUGAUGGACGACAAGGACGUCAAGUCGCGCAUGAGCCGCGCCGAGUUUGAGACGUUGGCCGCCGAUCUGUUUGAGCGCAUUGCCGUGCCGCUCCGCAAGGUCCUCGCCGACUCUGGCCUCGCCAAGGAGGACAUUUUCGCCGUCGAGGUCGUCGGUGGCGCCUCGCGCAUCCCUGCCUUCAAGAACCUCAUUCUCGAGAUUUUCGGCAAGGAGGCCAGCACCACCCUCAACCAGGACGAGUCUGUCUCGCGCGGCUGCGCCCUCAUGUGCGCCAGCAUCUCGCCCGUCUUCCGCGUCCGCGAUUUCACUGUUAACGACAUCACCCCUUACGGCAUUGAGCUUUCGUGGCAAAACAAUGGCGAGAACAACACCUCGGACGUGUUCGCCGCGCUCCACGCCAUCCCCUCCACCAAGCUCAUGACCUACUACCGCGGUGAGGCCUUUGAGCUGUCGGCCCAGUACAAGGCCAACCAGCCCACGCUCCCCACCGUCGACCUGGCUGUCGGCCGCUUCCGCGUCGAGGGUGUCACCCCCGAGAAGGACGGCCAGCCUUCCAAGAUCAAGGUCAAGGUCCGCGUCAACCCCAGCGGCGUGUUCAACGUUGAGGCCGCCCACCGCAUCGAGGAGGUUGCCGGCGACGCCGACGUUGCUCCCAUGGACACGAGCGCCGACGACGAUGUCGACACUGAAGCCCCCAAGGACAAGAAGAAGAAGAUUGUCAAGACCCCGCUGACCGUUGUCCCGAUUGUCGAGGCCUCCCUCCCUGCCGACAAGCUCCUCCUCGUCGUCGAGGCCGAGCACCAGAUGAUUGUCUCUGACAAGCUCGAGAAGGAGCGCGAGGACUCUCGCAACGCCGUCGAGGAGUUUGUGUACGAGAUGCGCGACAAGCUCGACGACCGAUAUGCCCCGUACGUUCCCCCGGAAGUCAAGGAGAUUUUCAGCACCGAGCUCUCUGCCACCGAGUCGUGGCUGUACGAGGAGGGUGAGGACCAGGUCAAGAAGGUUUACGUCAAGAAGCUCGAGGAGCUCAAGAAGCUCAGCGACCCCUUUGUCCGCCGCUACAACGAGGCCCAGGAGCGACCAAAGGCUGAGGAGGCUCUCCGAUCCUCCAUCGUCCUCGCUCGCAAGGCUGUCGAGCAGUUCAAGGCCGGCGACGAAAAGUACAACCACCUCGACGCUGCCGACGUCGACCGUGUUGCCGUCGCCAUCGACGCUCGCGAGAAGUUUGUCAACGAGAAGUCUGCUGCCAUUGCCGCCCUUCCUCUGUACCAAGACGCCCCCAUCACCACUUCCCAGUUUGUUCUUGAGAAGGAUACCUUUGAUGCUCUGUGCACUUCCGUCUUCAACAAGGCCAAGCCGAAGCCACCGGCGGAACCCAUGCAGACUGAGUCCCCCGUCCCUGCCGCGACUGAGGAGCCCAUGAAGACCGAUUAAAUGGAGUUCCCGCGCAAAGGCAGACCACAAGGAUUUUUAGAUGGUUUGCUUCUGUAGAAUCGUUAUUGGCUUUGUUUUUCUGUGUGUUGCUUUCUGCAAAUGUUUUUUUAAAUGCCCACCUCCUAAGCCCCGCGCUUGAAACUCGCAAGCUUAUAAAAAAAAAACAAUUCAUGUCCCA